UGCAGUGGGAACCCCGUCCUGCAGUGGGUUUCCAGCGGGCCGAGUCCUUUUGAAGCUCCUGGGCUGUUGGAUCCUGCCCUUCCCCCGGUGCCGGGAGCAGGGGAGGGACCUGGAGCCCUUCCAGUGCCACCAGAUCUUUGUCCUUUCAGGCCUGUGCUCUGCUCCUCCUCAGCUAUCUGCGAGGGCCAGCCCCGGGGCUGGAAUGAAUCCCUGCGGAGGCAGCGCUGGGAAGGAGCCCCAGAGCAGCUGAGAGAGCCCCGGGAGGAGCCGCUGGAGGAGGGGACGCCUCCUGCCCUGCCCUGCCAAUGUCAGCAGCCCGGGAGCAGCCGAUCUUCAGCACCAGGGCCCACGUGUUCCAGAUCGACCCGGCCACCAAGAGGAACUGGAUCCCGGCCAGCAAGCACGCCCUGACCGUCUCCUACUUCUACGAUGCCACGCGCAGCGUCUACCGGAUCAUCAGCGUGGGGGGCACCAAGGCCAUCAUCAACAGCACCAUCACCCCCAACAUGACGUUCACCAAGACCUCGCAGAAGUUCGGGCAGUGGGCUGACAGCAGGGCCAACACCGUCUACGGGCUGGGCUUCGCCUCCGAGCAGCACCUGAGCCAGUUUGCAGAGAAGUUCCAGGAGGUGAAGGAGGCCGCUCGCGUGGCCAGGGAGAAAUGCCAGGACAAGACCGAGCUGACCAACCCCGCGCUGAGCAUCGCCUCGCACCAGGUGCUGCCCAGCCCCAUCAUCAGCUCCAACGGGCCCGGGGAGGACAAACUGUUCCGCAGCCAGAGCGCUGACGUGGAGAUCAGCACCGAGAAGGAGAGGCUGAAGAAGAUGCUCUCCGAGGGCUCGGUGAGCGAGGUGCAGUGGGAGGCCGAGUUCUUCAGCCUGCAGGACAACAACAGCAAGCUGGUGGCCGCCCUGCACGAGGCCAACGCCAGCGUGGAGCAGUGGAAGCAGCAGCUGGCGGCGUACCAGGAGGAGACGGAGUCGCUGCGCCAGCGGGUGGCGGAGCUGGAGUCCCAGGGGGCCCAGGAUUCCUCCAGCGACAACAACAAGGAGGAGCUGAGCCAGAGCCUGGAGGAGCUGGAGCUGCUGCUCAAGGCUAAGGAUGAGGAGAUCCAGAUGUUGAAGAGCCAGAGGUGCGGCCGCUGGGAGGCCGAGGGCGAGCGCGAGGAGACGCUGCAGAAGCUGCAGGUACAGGUGGAGGUGGCACCUCAGCUGCAGGUACAGGUGGAGGUGGCACCUCAGCUGCAGGAGCUGGAGGCCCGGAACGCGGAGCUGGAGCAGCGGCUGCAGCUGGCAGAGCAGAGCCUGGCAGAGAGCCUGGCAGAGAGGGACAGGCUGCACCUCGAGGUCACCAAGGUGGCCGAGAUCAUGGAUGUGAAGAUCUUCGAGCUCAGCGAGCUCAGGCAGGGCCUGGCCAAGCUGGUGGAGAGCAACUGAGCAGCUCCAGAGCCCCUGGAGAAGGGCACCCCGGCCGGGAGCGGGCACCACCCAGAGAUCCUGAGGGCACUGAAGGAUCCUGAGCGGCCUCGGCGCUGUCCGGGCAGGAUUUGCCACCCACCAGCAGCUGCUGGACACAGCGGGCACCAGACUGGCCACUCACUGCCCACCAGACUGGCCACUCACUGCCCACCAGACUGGCCACUCACUGCCCAGCGAGCCCCAGGGAGCACCUGAACCCCUGAGCCUUCUCCAGGGAGCCCCUGAGCCCCCAGAUCCUCUCCAGGGAGCACCUGAAGUUCUCAAAUCCUCUCCAGGGAGCACCUGAACCCCCAAACCUCUCCAGGGAGCCCCCGAAGCCCAGCCAGGGCUCCCUAGCCCUGCCCAGAGGUGCCAGCUGUGCCCGUGCCCCCGUGCCCCCCCUGCUGCCCCCGGGUUUUUACAUUUUCUGAGGCCAGGGGGCUGAGCUUUGGGCUGGGGGUUUCUUUUUUUCUGUAGAUUUUUUAGGGAACCGUUUGCCUUUUGCAGAGCAGCUGGGCGGGCAGGAGGAGCUGGGCACAGCCAGCCCCUGACUUCCUCCUCCUCCUCCUCCUCCUCCUCCUCGCUGGGUGCUCCCAGCAGACCCAGCAUCCCAGGGGAGCAGGGAUGGAGGAAAAUUCUGGGAAAUUUUCCCUGCCCCAGAGGGAAAUCUGCAUUGUCACAGCCUGGAGGAGCUGAACACGGAGGGUUCAGGACUGAGCUGGGCUGGGCACGGGGAAUUUGGGACAAGGGCCAUCCCUCAGGGCACGGCCACCAAGCUGCUGGGCUGGCACCUCUGCUGGCCCUAAUUGAAAUUAAACGGAGCAAACUGAAAUUAAACGGAGCAAACUGAAAUUAAAUGGAGCAAACUGAAAUUAAAUGGGGCUGCUCUCGGGGUUUUGGCUUCUUUUUCCAGUUCCUCCUCUUCCUCUUCCUCCUUGCUGGGCGCUCCCGGCAGAUCCAGCCCCCGGAGCAUCCCAGGGCAGCAGGGAUGGAGCUUCCCAGAGGGAAAUCUGCGUUUUCACAGCCCGGAUGAGCUGAGCGCAGAGGAUUCAAGGACUGCUGGAAGACGCGGGGCUGAGCAGGAGGAAUUUGGGACAAGGGGCCUCCCCCAGGGCGCGGCCACCGAGCUGCUGGGCUGGGUUAAUUGAAAUUAAAUGGAGCAAGUCACA